UCUCUGCUCCUCAAAUUGUUCAUACGAAUUUUCGUGAAUUUUUCUUAUCUGUGAAAAUGUGGAAAUCGCUGUUUUUAUUGUGCUGUUUAGUAGCAUUCGUUGCAUCAAGACCGCAAGGAGCUGAUGAACGUCCUGAACCGUACGAAUAUAACUAUGAAGUGAAAGAUCCCGAGAAGGACUUAUUCUUCGAUAAAAAUGAAGCUGGAGAUGCCUCUGGAAAAGUAACUGGUAAAUACUCAGUGUGGCUACCUGACGGAAGACUCAUGACCGUGGAAUACACAGUAGAAAACGGCGAAAGCGGAUUUGUGCCGAAAAUCACCUUCGCUGACAAUGCCUCACCAUUCGGUUAAAGUAAAUGUUUCCCCAUACAAAUUCAAACAUACCCUUAUUCACUCGAAACAGCAAUAUUGUGACGCCAGGAAUUAGUAUAGAAGAACAUUUUCCACGAAUAUUCAUGAGAUAAAAUGCUUAAAAAGAAAACAACAGUGAAGAAAGUGCAUGAACGUUUUAAGAAAUAUGUGUUUUAUAUAUUGUAUAUUUUUAUAAUGAAUUUUAUGAAAUAAAUGAAA